CGGCCCCGGCGGGCCCAGGCAGGGGCUGAGCCCGGCUGGGAGCGGCCGGGGCAUGGAGGAGGCUGGGGGCGAGGAGACCGGGGGCCCCCCAGCCCAGGAAUCCCGCCCCGCGCCGGAGCCCCCCACCCGGCCGUGCACCUUGUUUGUGAGGAACCUGAACCCGCAGUUCCCGCGGACCGUGUUGGCCGGGGCGCUGCGGGUCGGGCUGGAGGAGCCGAGGCCGGAGGGGGCCGACGUCGAGGUGGUGCGGCGCUCCCGCCAGGCCUACGCUGUGGUGCGGGUGCGGCUGCCCCCCGGGGAGACCCCGGCGGCGCUGGCGAAGCAGCUGCAGGCGGCGGCCGAGGAGCGGCCCAUUCUGCAGGAGCUGGCGGAGCGCGGGAAAGUCCUGGUGGUCAGCGAGAGCUGGCGGGGGUCCCGCGACCCCCAAGGCGACAGAGGAGUAGGACGUGCCGGGCCUGAGGGCGGUACACCCCAUCCGACGGUUCGAGGCCCCGAGGCAGAGCCCGAUGCGGCCGCGAGCACGGUCCGCCCCGCCCCGCCUCCGUCAGCCCGCUUUCCGCCCAGCCGGGAGGAGGAGGAGGAGGAGGGGGAGGAGGAGCCGGGGCGGGAGCGGCGUCGGGCCUCCUCGCCCCGUCCGCCGGGCCACCUGGCGGGCACCCGCUCGGACAGCGCCAUCGUGCGGCAGGAGAUCGUGGGGCAGGAGCGCCUGUUCCUGGGCUCCCACCUGGGCUGCGAGACGCGCAACGUGGAGUUCAAGCGCGGAGGGGGCGGCUACCUGGGCCGCACGCUGAAGCAUCACGUGCGCCGCUACGCGUGCGCCUUCCUCAACGGCGAGGGCGGCAGCCUGCUGGUGGGCGUGGAGGACGGGGGCCAAGUGCGGGGCGUCCCCUGCGGCCCCCGCGACGAGGACCGCGUGCGCCUGCUGGUGGACGCCGUCCUCAAGGGCUUCCGGCCCCAGGUCUUCCCGGACGCCUACGCGCUCCACUUCAUCCCCGUGGUCCGGCCCGGCCCCUCCGGCCCCUCGCCCGCCGCCCCCCUCAAGGUCAUCCGGCUGAGCGUCCACACCCCCCGGCCUCACACCGAGCCGCUGCUCUACGAGACCGACCUGGGGGAGGUGUAUCUGCGGCGGGAGGGCAGCGUCCAGGGCCCGCUGACGGGAUCGGCCAUCCAGGAGUGGUGCCGGCAGAGGUGGACCGCCGAGAUGGACAAGCUGCAGGGGAAGCUCAAGGCCCUGGCGGCGGAGAAGGAAAACCUUCGGCAGCCGUCCCAGCGGCCGCAAUCCCAGCAGCAGCGCCGACCGUGCUCCCGCUUCUGCUGCAUCUUGUGACCUGCUGGAAAGGGUGGACCACGAUGUCUAUUUUCAAAGUAAAUGUCUGCGUGCACAGCUGCGCAGCUCCCUGUGGGAACAGAUCCCGAGCUCACCCCUCUCUGGGGGCGCAAGUGUGAACUGCUGUGCCGCCCUUCAGUUCCCUGCGCCCCUCCAAGUUCAGCCCUGCUCAUGGGCCUG